AUGAAGACUAUCCUCGCUGCCUACUCUGGUGUCGCCAAAGGCACAGGCUCCCAGUAUUCUGUCUGCCCUGCAGGACGGCCUGCAGCCCUGUGGCCUUGCCGAUCCAAAAUGGAGAAACAUCUGCAGGUCAUUCAUCUUGUGCUGCAGUGGGUCAUCAGCUUCAUGGCUCUGGUCGUCAUUGUGGUCGGAGGGGCUGCAGAGUCUCUGAAUUGUGCACCAGGCUCGAAUUCUGUAACCCUCAAGAAUCGCAAAGGUUUUAUCAAACUGGCCUUGCAGAAAGGGUCCGAUCUUGUUCCUGUGUAUUCCUUUGGAGAAAAUGAUGCCUAUAAACAGGUGAUCUUUGAGGAGGGGACAUGGUGGCGCUCGGUCCAGAAGAGGUUACAGAAACUGUUGGGCUUCGCUCCCUGUGUGUUUCAUGGCUGUGGCCUUAUCUUUGGUGACUCUUGGGGGUUUGUGCCUUAUUGCAAGCCUAUUACAACUAUAGUUGGAGAGCCAAUCACUGUGCCAAAAAUUGAAGAUCCAACUGAGGACAUGUUGAAUGACGAGGCGACGCUAGAUGCCGACAGGAGGAUGAGCGCUAUCGGUGGCCGGGUGCUCUCCAUCCCCGCUGCCUCUGUCACCAGCUCUGGAGCCUCCUCUUCACGGGCUUUACAUGUGGAGCUCACGUCUCAGCAGAGACGACUUCGGCAUUUGAGGAGCAUUGCGGCUCGUAACAUAGUCCAUAAAAAUGGUUCUCCACUGCUGGACACCUAUUUUACCCUUCACCUCUGUGUUGGAGAAUGCAUAUCUAGAGAUUUUUAUAAGAGUGAAGUUAUUCGUGACUCACUGAAUCCCACUUGGAGAAGUUUAGAUUUUGGAAUGUUACCAGAUUUGUUGGACACCUCAGUGUCUUGUUUUGUGGUUCGAAUAUGGGGAGGUCGAGCAGAAAACUUUCAGUUGCUUAUUGAAUGGAAAGUGAACCUGGAUGGUCUUAGAUAUACAGGACAACAGAUUCGAUCUCGAUAUCCAAAUGAAAUUAUAUUUGGGUUGAAUGAUGGCUACUAUGCAGCUGAAUUUGAUUAUAAGGAUGCAUCCGAAAGGAAGAAGAAUAGUCUACUUCAGGUGGAGCAGACCUCAGUCAGGAACUCCUACAGUGUCUUUUCUCUGCUCAGGCUUCACACAGCACAAAGGGCCAUUAAGCAGACACAAGUGACUGUGCAGAAGUUUGGGAAGGAGAUUGAAGAGAAGUUGAGGACAACAGCCUCAUGCACAGAGCGCAAAAAGGAGCGGGAAUGUAUGCAUCUGCGUAUAGCUGUACUGCGCAGUGAGCUGGAAAGACAGACCAAGGCACUGGGCAGAGAGACCGACUUACGACAGAAAGAAAGAGCUCAGCUUCAGAGAAAAGCGGAAAGCUUUUCAGUUCAACACAACAGUCUGAAGCUCGAGAAAGAAUCGCUCAUCAAGUUGAAAAAGGAAUGCACCGCCAAAAGAGAACAGCUCCUUAAGUCGAAUGCCCAGCUCACCUUCCGAUGUCGUCAGCUCCUUUCUGAGCUUUCUUACAUCUAUCCCAUAGUUUUGACAAAUCAGACAGAUUAUGUCAUUUGUGGAGUGAAGCUGCCUAACUCUGAGGACUUUCAAGCAAAAGAUGAUGGGAGUGUGGCUGUUGCACUGGGAUACACAGCACACUUGGUGCUAAUGAUCUCCUGCUUCCUUCAGAUUCCUCUUCGGUAUCCUGUAAUCCAUAAAGGCUCACGCUCUUCCAUCAAAGACACAAUCACCGAUCGACUCACUGACAAAGAGAGAGAAUUCCCAUUGUACCCACGGGGAGAAAGAUUUCAUUUUGAAUACGGUGUCUACCUGCUGAACAAGAACAUUGCUCAGCUGAGAUAUCAACACGGGCUGACCACCCCAGACCUGCAGCAGACUCUUCCCAACCUGAAGACCUUCUUGGAGCAUGGCCUGAUGGUCCGAUGUGAUCGGCAUGUAUCCAGUUCCAUCUCUGUGCCCAAGUCCCGGCUCAGUGUCGGUCAAGGCUCAGAGUCGGAGUAUCCCAGCCACAGCAGCUCUCCAGACCACGUCCUGAGGAAAAACAGCACUUCUGAAGCUGACCAGGACAAGGGAAAAGAUUCUCCCACUCCGAGCUGCAGCACUGUGGUGGGAAUAGAGGUGCACCAGCCAGCUCAAUCGUCUCCCAAUCACCACUCCUCUCUGGAAGCUAAUAUGGCCUCCUUAGACCUUGGCAAAGUCACAGAGAGUAACCAAGAGGGAGACAUGGAUGAUAAGGAAGAGGCUAAUAUAGCGCAGUCAGUGCAGAUGCCAGGAGAGGAGGUUAGUGGUGUUGCACAAGAGGAGCCACACCCUUCCAUAUCAAACUGCUCAGACACUGUGGCUGUAGAGGACAACGCCUGCUCUGCUCAGCACUCCAGGGCUAUGAACGGCUCCAUAGCAGAGGUGCGCUGCUCAGUGGAGCAGGCAGAGGAGAUCAUAGGCACAGAGGCCACUGGCCUGGGCUUAGGGCUGGGUGACCAGGCUCAGAUGGAGGAGUACCGCUGUAUCCCUGUGGACCAAGCUGUGGCUGUGGAGUGUGAUGAGCAGGUGCUGGGAGAGCUGGAUGUCGCUGGAUUUGAGGAGUUCUCGAAGCGCAUCUAUGCACUCAAUGAGAAUAUGUCCAGCUUCAGAAGACCCCGAAAGAACUCUGAUAAGUGA